UAUAUCAUUCCGGGGCAGUGUGGUUGGGGUUAGAGGUCAGAAAUUGAGACCGACUCCCUGUUUAGCGAUUCGGUUUUUCUCCGCUGCAGCAUCCCGGGACAAUGUGACCCUGCACGGAUCACCUUCAUUAGCUCGUCGGAAACCAUUACGAGGUUUGAUCGGUCCACGACGUGCACGGUUGAGUGACCGUCAGCUUGCCACAGCAGCGGGAGCUCCAUCGAGCCAUGCGACAGUGGUGCCUCCCGGCUGCGGUACCGCGACCCGAACCGAUGCCCACAGGGCACCUCUCACCCCCGCUAUCAGAUGUGAGGAUGGAGUGUUGUGAGGUGGAGCCACGCUAUACCAUCGAGCAGAUCGACCUCCUUCAGCGUCUCCGUCUCUCAGGGAUGACCAAGCCACAGAUCAUCCAGGCCUUGGAGUCCCUAGAGCGGCUAGAUCCCGACCAUCGGCCCCCGUACUGCAACGACACCCACGCCGCCAACCCCACAACCAACACUACCCCUACCACAGCCUCCGCCCCAGCCCCCUCCUCCUCUUCCUCCUCCUCUUCUUCCUCUCUCUCCUUGGCAUCCGCCACAACGCAGACCCCUGGGCUAGACGGCGCCUCACUGUCGCCUAGCAACAGCUAUGAGGCCUCUCCCCCACCACUGUACCCACAUGGGGUUGGAGUUCAGAAGUCGUUUAGCUAUGACAUCAUGGCAGAGGAGGACUGGGAUCUGGAGGAGAAGGUGGAGGAGUACAUGAGGAGGGACAGUAACCUGGUGAAGGAGGAGAUUAAAACCUUCCUCAACAACCGCAGGAUCUCCCAGGCCAUCGUAGGACAGGUGACAGGUAUCAGUCAGAGCUAUAUCUCUCAGUGGUUGCUGCAGCAGGGCUUGGAGAUGAGUGACUCCAAACGCAGAGCCUUCUACCGCUGGUACCUGCUUGAGAGAAACAACCCAGGGCUGAGAUGGAGUGAAAGCCAGCACGGCCCGGCGGGUCUGGGCCCAGGGCUCGGUGGUCUCGGCCAGGGGCUCUGUGGUCUCGGCCAGGGGUUGGGCCAGAACCUGGGCCAGAACCUGGGCUCUGGACCCGCCAGGGGAGGGGACAGAGACGUCACAGGGAUGGUGGGAAACGCCGCUACGGGCGCCACGGCCGCGGCCACUGCCUCUACCACCUGGGGCAGACAGAGAGAGCUGCUGAUGCACCUCCUCCCAUGGUACACUGCUGCCGCACAGCAGGCACAGCCAGGUGCUACCCUGUCGAUGCGCUCCCUGGUGAAGGAGGAGCCUGAUUGGAGGACGGGGGUCAGCCCUGGGGAGAGGGGCGGGGUGGCGGGCGGUCCUCUGAGGCUGCGGAGGGGAAGCAGGUUCACCUGGAGGAAGGAGUGCCAGUCAAUCAUGGAGAGUUUCUUCAUGGAGAACCAGUACCCUGAUGAAGCGAAGAGAGAGGAGAUCGCUAACGCCUGCAACUCAGUCAUCCAGAAACCUGGAUGCAAGCUGUCCGAGUUUGAGCGUGUCACGGCUCUGAAAGUGUACAACUGGUUCGCCAACCGCAGGAAGGAGAUGAAGAGACGGGCUAAUAUAGAGGCAGCCAUCUUGGAGAGUCAUGGUAUCGAGGUUCCAAGCCCGAGCUGUCAAUCCAACGGGGAGGAGUUGGAACCACAGGACUUCACAGAGCAAGUGAAUCAACGAUUCAUAGAGCAGGAAGAGAUAUCUUCCGGGAAGGACCUUGAUCUACAAGACACCUCCUCAUUGGCUGCCGUCGAGGUCCUUCCCCCUCCAAGCCCCACCUCUCAGGUUCUGGAACAGAAAGCUGACGAAUCGAAGAGAGAGACAGUGGACGAGGAGUGACCAAUGGGAGAGCGUGGAUUUGAAUAUAUAACGGCAUAUAAAAAAUAUAUAUAUUAAUAAUAGAUGCUCUGAAUGUCUUCAGGGGUUAUGACAAGUCAGUGCGUUAAUUGUUGAAAAGGGUGCUAUAGCUCUUGGUGCCUCUAGUGGUAGGGAGGCCACUGUGUCUAUACAGUAAUCAUGCUUUAUAGUAAUGUCAAUAUUUAUCUCUAUCUCUCCAUGUAGUGCAUUCCAAGACGGUCUUAAACGAAAGAAGACUCCUUAUAAAGAAUUAGGGGUCUAAGUGGUUAAAAUCCUCUAGAAGCUCAACAGCCUUCUAACGUUUUCUUUGCUACUUACUUUUUAAUUAUUAUUAUAUUUUUUAAAGGUUUUGACGAGUGGUUGCGUAAUAAUGGACUGGAGUGGGAACUGAAUGUUUAGAACCUGCAGGUCAGGUGUGUUUUGAUGAUGAGGUGAAGACGUGUGCGUUUGGUCGAGGCGAGUUGAACUUUUGGUUGUGACGAUAAGUGUAAUAUCAGCCUUCUCUGCUAGCUUGAAUGUCUUUGACCCGAUCUUAGUAAACUUGUUAGACUUUGGGAUCAAUCAAUCAAGUAGUCCGGGUCAGUGUUAAGAGUCCAACCCUGAGGGACACAUGGAAUCUCAGGUAAACCCAAAGAUGGUGGGUGAUGACGAAUCAUCACGUUUCUCUCUCUCUCUCUAAUGAGCUUCGUUCAAAAGGAAUGUUUCAUAUCAUAUGUUGACUGUUUCUGCGACAACAACAAAAAGCAUCCGUCUUCUGUCUUCGUUGUAAUGUCAGCAAGCCAAACUAACACGGAGUUUCAUUUAUUACGCUUCCUGAUGGUCGUCUUUCCUCAACAAAUGUUGAUUUGAUCAAAUGAACAUUUUUAUUAUGCAUAAGUAGCUAAACUAAUAGUAAUGAGUUACUCAUGUCCCUUUUUCUCGUAUCGACAUGAACCACUAGUCCGCCGAACCCAUCGAGAAGCUACUCAAAAGUCUAGUCUGGUUUGGGUUUUAAAAAAAUAAAGAGAUCUUCUAGGCCACAUAUUAUUAUUAUUAUUAUUAUUAAAGUUGUUAAUCAUGACUUGUAAAAUGUAUCUGUGUUAUAAACAGCACCUUCUUCUAGAAUAAGCUCAUUAUAUAUAUGUACUGAGUGACUGAAAGCCGCCUUUCCUUGCUCAUUCCUUUUAGUUCAGAUAGUUCCAAGAAGAAGAACUUAAUGUGCUUUCAUGUACAUUGGAUGUCAGCUGUGUGCUCCUGCUCAUAACUUGUUUUGUUUUGUUAUUGCUAGCUGAUAAUGUCACAAGCAUGACUAUGAAUGAACAUGAAAGACUCUGGUUUUAAAGUUAAAUGGCCAGUGUUUGGGGAGCACUUUAUUUCACAUAUGGAUUCUACAGUUCUCCCCUAGCCCAAGGUCUUGCUGGUUGUCAUUAUACUCACGGGGCUGAAUCGUAACUUUUGAUACACAUACCGAGCUCUGUGACCUCUGCCUAAAUCAUGCAUUGAAGUCAAUGGGGGAGGGAUAUGCCUGAAUAUGCAAGUAAAGUGCACAGACCGACCCCAAGUCCAGGGCUCACUUAGAAGUAAAAAGUCCCAUUGAGACUUCCCUGGUUAAAUGAAGGAUAAAUGAAUAAAAAGUUAGGAUUCAGCCCUAAGAUCAGGGGUGUCAAACUCAUUCCAUGGAGGACCGAGUGCAGCGUUUCCCAAACUUGGUCCUUGGAACUCCAAGGGGUGCGUGUGUUGCUUUUUGCUCAGACGCUACACAGCUGAUUCAAAUGAUCUUUAGUAGGGGAGUUCCUUACUAAGACCUAGACAACCAGGUGAGGGGAGUUCCUUACUAAGACCUAGACAACCAGGUGAGGGGAGUUCCUUACUAAUCAGUGAUCUUAAUUCCUCAAUCAAGUACAAGGUAGGAGCGGUUAAAAACGCCGCCACUCGGCCCUCCGUGGAAUCAGUUUGACACCUGUGCCCUACCUAGAUGGUCAUGAAAUGCACCAAGCCGCGUUCCCGCGGGUCGACCCACCCUAUUUGGGGCCACCACCAUUUUCACCUCCUAAUGACAAAGCUAUGCCACGUUAGAGACGAGCGGUGAGGUAGACCUGCUCAUAUAGGAACCAGUAAACAUACAGCUUAUGUUACCUAAUCCCCCCCCCCUUAUGGCACAUACCACUGUUUAGGUCAGCUCGUUAGCUUGGUAUAGCCAAUUGUAGUGCUUUCAGGGGGUUAGCCCCAACCCGGGAUUCAAGCACAGGUCCAACGACUGUCAACCCAAUACCGUUACGCCAAGAGAUGGUAAAACGGUUGAAGAGGUCGCUAAGCGUUGCUACAAUAUCCAUAGUAACUCUAGCCGAGUAGCUGACCUCAUAUCUACAGUAACUCUAGCCAAGUAGCUGACCUCCAAUAUCUACAGUAACUCUAGCCAAGUAGCUGACCUCAAUAUCUACAGUAACUCUAGCCAAGUAGCUGACCUCAAUAUCUACAGUAACUCUAGCCAAGUAGCUGACCUCCAAUAUCUACAGUUACUCUAGCCAAGUAGCUGACCUCAAUAUCUACAGUAACUCUAGCCAAGUAGCUGACCUCAAUAUCUACAGUAACUCUAGCCAAGUAGCUGACCUCCAAUAUCUACAGUAACUCUAGUCAAGUAGCUGACCUCAAAUCGGGGUUUGUGUCAUGACAGUAGGCUGUUAAGUCAGUGGUCGUACACAUGACUAGUUAUGACUGUCUAUAAGACCUGUUAUUGUUAUGAUAGCGCUAUGUAGACCGGAUUAUAAGAGGGUUGGUGUUCGGGUUUGCACAAUUCCAAUAACUUUUCCUGUGUUUUCCAGAAAUCCUGGUUGGAAAUAUGAGGUAUAAUCGGGCAAUCCUCCCAACUGGGAUUUCAGGGAAAGUAAAUCAUACUGCUAACCCAGUCCAACUGAGUAGGAUGGGGUUGAAGUUGACUAGAGAAUGAUCUGAAGUCAGUUUGGUCUUCCUCCCUAAUGGUUAAGGUUUUGACUUGUCUCUAGGCGGACGAGUUGCCUCCCACAUUAACAGUGUUGCCCCAGGUCUGGGAUUUCCGAGACUUACAGUUUUGUUUGAUAGAGAGGAAUCUGAUCCUAGAUCUGUGGUUAAGGGCAACUUCUACCUCAGGCUCUCAGUACAGACAGACAGGACCCCUAAAGCUGCAUGCUGUCGCAGACUAAAGCACUUCUUCCCUCUGCUUUUACCUGACAAAAAUAAAUAAAACAUAUAUAUAUAAACUAA